AUGCCGCCCAAGCAAACGGCCUCUCGCGGCCGCGCUGCAGUCGCACAGAGCAGAGGAAACACAAAAAACACGGCCAAGUCACGGCGCAUGGAAGAGGCAGAUGAGGAGGUUAGUUCGACGGCUGAGACAGAGCAUGGGGUUGAAGAAGCUAUGGAUCUCGAUGAUCAUGCAGGCGGUAGGAGACGGCGGCAGCGCCGGGAUGAGGAAGAGGAGGAAUACAAUGAGGUCGAUGACGAUAAUGCGGUUGUGGAGGAUGAGGAGGAAGACGAUGAGAGGGAAAAUAUUCAUCCUGAGCUGCUGACGCGCAUCUUGCAUGAGUUCUUUGAGAAGGAAGACACGCGCAUCACAAAGGAUGCUAAUGCGGCAGUUGCGAAGUAUGUGGAUAUUUUUGUGAGGGAGGCAAUUGCUAGGGCGGCUGUGGAGAGGGGGAGGGGCUUCCUUGAGGUUGAGGAUCUGGAGAAGAUCGCUCCUCAGCUUUUGAUGGAUUUGUGA